AUGGUUGUAAAAAGUAAGAAGGUAGAGGAACAUAUGUCCGACCUUGAGGAGGUGUUCGCCACCCUACAAAAAUAUAAGAUGAAGCUCAACCCAGAGAAGUGUGUAUUUGGCGUAGCUUCAGGAAAGUUUCUGGGUUUCAUGAUCACUCAUCGGGGGAUUGAGGCUAACCCUGACAAGAUUCAGGCUCUGGCAGCAAUGGAAUCACCAAGGACUAAGAAAGAGUGUGAGAAGGCUUUUCAAGAGCUCAAGCAGACAUUGAAAUCUCCUCCUAUCCUCACCAAACCCGAGCUCGGAGAUACUCUGUAUUUGUACUUAGCCGUAUCUCAGAAUGCAGUGAGUGGUGUCUUGGUGAAAGAGGUUAACAGGGGCCAGCAACCCAUUUAUUACAUAAGCAAAGUCCUACUUGAUACAGAAACAAGUUACACUUUGGCAGAACAACUUGCCCUUGCACUGAUAGUAGCGCCACGAAAACUUUGGCAAUAUUUUCAGUCACAUCCUAUUGUUGUGCUCACCAAUCAGCCUCUAAAACACAUUCUUCAGAAACCAGACAUCUCAGGAAGAUUACUAAGGUGGACAAUUGAACUCGGAGAAUUUGACAUAGAGUUCAAGCCCCGUCCAUCUAUCAAAGCUCAAGCCUUAGCUGACUUCAUUGCAGAACUCACUCUAAGGCCUCGGGGGCUAGAUAGUAGCUCGAGCUCGAGCAUAGCUAUGUGGGAAAUUUUAAUAGAUGGAGCAUCGAACUCCUCGAGCUUGGGCGCAGGGGUCAUAAUCAUAAGCCCGGACAUGCUCAUAAACAUUCAGUGUGCACUAAGGUUCGAAUUUGAGGCGAACAAUAAUAAAGCUGAGUAUGAGGCCGUCAUCAUAGCUAUGGAACUCGCCAUAAAUCUCGAGCUUGAAAAUAUCAAAAUUUAUAGUGAUUCCCAGUUGGUGGUUGAGCAAAUUGAAGGGACGUUCGAUAGAAAGGAUGAAAAGAUGAGCUUAUACUGCUUGAAAGUGCAUGAUCUCCAGAGAAAGUUUAAGAGUUGUAAAAUUGUAAAAAUUUCUUGGGCUGAGAAUUGUAGGGCAGAUACCUUGUCAAGAUUGGUGUUCAUGGGAAUAGAUGGGCUUCACAAGACAGUCCAUGUCAGAAUUGUAACCAAGCCAAGCAUCAAUCAGACCAUAGGCGUCAUGGAUAUUGAUAAUGAGCCAUCAUGGAUGGACCCAAUAGUGGACUUCAUAAAACAUGGUAGUCUUCCAGCAGAUCCUCAGGCAGUGAGAAGCAUCCGGUCCAAAGCUCUGAGGUAUUGCAUAAUUGAAGGCAUUUUAUUUUGCAGGAGCCUCACACUUCCGUACCUCAAAUGCCUUAGGCCUUCUGAAUCAUCCAAGGCCCUAGAAGAAGUUCACUAA